UCAUGAAAUUAAUCCAAACCUCAAUUCUGAAACAUCGCUUUUGAGGUUUAUUUUGCAAGUUAAUUUUUAGUUUAAAUAUCGACGUGUUCUCGGAACUGCUAAUAAUUAAUACAAAUAUUAUUUAAUAUUUAAGAAGAGUUAUGGAAAAUUUCGCAGAAGACAUAACGAGGCUGAUUCCUAAACCUGAAGAAGAAAUUGUACCAAGUCCAAGGUAUCAAUCAAAGCAUCAAAAAAGGAUUCGAUCUGAAGUAGCAAGUGCAAAAAAUGCUCAUCGAACUUUGGGUUUGCCGAGUGUUCCCUUGAAUCCACCCUCGCAAUUUUUGAAAAAGAAAAGUCGAAUUAUUCCUCAAAAACAUGUUAAACAUGUGCAUUAUCGGCUUCCAGGAUAUCAGCAUAAACUUCCAGAAUGGAAACCGAAAAAAAUAAUUCCAAAAUCUGAUCUAGAAGAAUUACCCAAAGAUCCGGCAACUUUGGGGAGAGUUAAUUUUAGAAAAGAAAAUAUUUUAAAUGUGAAAAAAUCUCAGCCACCGGAACCCGUGCCAAGAAUUGUGGAUUCUCGAUUUGGAGAUGUACAGGACUUGAGAAAAUGUGGUUUAAUGCCAAUGUAUAUCACCAAAAAGUAUUUUGGAAAAAAACCACCGAAAGCAAAGAAAGUACCGGAAGUCAAGCAAGUAAGGGAGUGGAAGCAACGAUCGGAAUCACGAAAGGGAAAUUUGGAAAUGGAAGAAAAACCGAAAGGCCGUUAUGUUACAGAAGAUGAGAGAGCUGAGUUGCUUCACGGCAUGAAAAAAAACUGGGAAGAGAAGAUGAAUCAGUUUCAACGCUUGCCGUUUCUCACGGAUACACUUCCGAAGGUCAAGAGGAAAGUAAAAUUGGAAAAUGACCUAAAGCAACUCGAAAAGGACAUAGAAUUCAUAGAACGUCAUCCCUACAUUUACGUUUGCGAUGAUGAAUAAUUUACAUAUUAUAUAAGACUUCUCACACCUACUGGUAAUAAACCAAUAAAACAAUAUCCAUUUCAUAAACAUGUAAUUAAUCUGUGCUCAGUUCAAACAUAAACUCAAAAUUUUAUCAUCAAAAAUUACUUAAGCCUCCAAGCAUGAAAUAAUCU